AAAAUCGAAUCAAAGAUGUCGACAACGAAGAAGAUCGUUUUGAAGAGUUCCGAUGGUGAAUCUUUCGAGGCUGAUGAAUUGGUUGCUAGAGAGUCGCAGACCAUCGCUCAUAUGGUUGAAGACGACUGCGUCGACAACGGUGUCCCUCUCCCUAACGUUACGAGCAAGAUCCUCGCUAAAGUGAUCGAGUAUUGCAAGAAACACGUCGAGGUUACUGCUUCCAAGACCGAUGCCGCUGAUGCUGUUGCUUCUUCUGCCGACGAAGAACUCAAGACCUGGGAUGCUGAGUUUAUGAAGAUCAAUCAGGCUACCCUCUUUGAACUCAUCCUGGCUGCGAAUUACCUGAACAUCAAGACCUUGCUUGACCUAACAUGUCAAACUGUGGCUGAUAUGAUCAAGGGAAAGACUCCAGAAGAGAUCCGCACAACGUUCAACAUCAAGAAUGACUUCACACCAGAGGAAGAAGAGGAGGUUCGCAGAGAGAAUCAAUGGGCUUUUGAAUGAUUCAAUCUGAUUGUUAACAUUUAAGUAGGU